GAUAUGGCCGAAAAGUAUCUGAAAGUUGGGCAGCGAGUCGAGCUGACGGGCAAGGAUGUGCGUGGCACGAUCGCGUACGUCGGCAUGACCUCUUUUGCGGUCGGCAAAUGGGUCGGCGUAAUAUUGGACGAAGCCAAGGGGAAGAAUAAUGGAUCGAUAAAAGGACAUCAGUACUUUUCGUGUGAAGAAAACUACGGAAUGUUCGUACGGCCAACGCAGCUGAUGUUUAUCGAUGAUGCUGGUAAUCCGAUCGAGGAGGCACAAACACCGGAUGAAAAACCGAGGUCCCGAUUGAGCAGUGCUAAGCGUACAACUGGCAGAGUACCUGCGGGCUCAGUUCGAUCACUUGCCUCAAUGCCUGGAUCGACACAAACUUUUACGGCCAAGCCAACAGCGGUGCGCCGAAAGUCUCCGGUCAAGCAGCCGCAAACGAAGCGCGCCUCCAUGACAAUGACACUGUCAACAUCCAGCUCUAGGAUGUCACUCAACCGGAGCACCAGUUCCCUCGGUUCCAAAACCCAACUUACCUCACCGGGCAGUGAACGUGCAUCGGGACAAUCCUCCAUUCCUACGCCCGUUUCAUCCAUCCCAACCAUGGUCAAGCCCGAUCGGCACGAACCCCUGCAACGAUCGCACAUGAGUCCACCGGAAUCGCUGCAAACAUCGAAGCGCGCCUCCUUCGUCGAGACCGGCUUUGUGGAAACACUAAAGCCACAGUUCACCCCGGGGCAAUCGCUCAUCUCCCCAUCGCCAGCACCAACACCCGCCCCGGGCUCCUCAACCGAAGAUCGCAUUCAUAUUCUGCAGCUCCAGCAAGAGUUGGACGAGAUGCGCAAACUUAACGGUGAUCUGAGUGAAAAGCUCGAAACAUUGAAACAGCGCCGUGCGGAAGAUCGCGAGCGAUUGCGUGAGUUCGAUAAGCUGAAAACACAGUACGAACAGUUGGUGGAGUUUAAGAGCAAAAUCAUGGACGCUCACUCGCUACUCCAGCGUGAUCUGCAGCGUGCGAAACAGGAAGCUAAGGAUGCGAUCGAGGCACGAGAUUUGCACAGCGAAGAGAUGUCUGAGCUGGCAGAAAACGUUGAGCUCAUCACGCUGGACAAGGAGAUGGCGGAAGAGAAGGCGGACACGUUGGCACUCGAGCUGGAAACGGCCAAGGAGCGCAUCGAAGAACUUACACUCGAUCUGGAAAUUUUGAAAACGGAAAUGCAAGAAAAAUUAGGCUCACGCGGCACGGCGGGUAGUGGUGGUGUUGGCACGGGAGGUGACGGGCCGACGGCCGUUGCCUCCACGUACGAAUUCAAACAGCUCGAGCAACAAAAUGCACGCCUGCGGGAAACGUUGGUCCGCUUGCGCGAUCUCUCCGCACACGAAAAGCACGAAAUUCAAAAGCUUGAAAAAGAACUGGAAACCAAGAAAUCGGAAGUGACCGAACUGCAGCGUACGAAGGAAAAGUUUUCGGCCAAAAUCGACGAACUGGAAACGCAGCUGAGCGAUCUACAGGAGCAGGUUGAUGCGGCACUCGGGGCCGAAGAGAUGGUUGAGCAGCUGGCCGAAAAGAAGAUGGAGCUGGAGGAUAAGGUGAAAUCGCUCGAAGAAGAGGUGGCGGAACUGGAAGCGCUCGAGGAAGUACACGAGCAGCUGGUCGAAAGCAACCACGAGCUGGAGAUGGAUAUGCGCGAAGAGCUGGAUCUAGCGCACGCCGCCAAGCGUGAAGCGAUACGGGAAAAGGAUGCUGCCCUCGAGACGAUUGUGGAUCGUGACCAGACGAUCCUUAAAUUCCGCGAACUUGUUCAACGGCUGAACGAUCAGUGUCAGGAGUUGCGCGAACGGUUGAACCAAGAAUCGACCAAGCAGCAACAACAGCAGCAGGCCAAGGACACUGCACUCAUUACGGAAACGAUCGACUUCAAGCAAAUGUUUGCCGAAUCGAAGGCUUUCACACGGGCUAUCGAUCUGCAGCUGCGGCAAAUUGAGCUGACACAAGCAAACGAGCACGUGCGCUAUCUGAGCGCAUUCAUGCCGGACGUGUUUAUGGCACGGGGUGGUGAUCACGAUGCCAUUCUCGUUAUACUACUCGUUUCGCGCAUCGUGUUCAAAUCGGGCAUCAUUGUCAGUCAGGCACGGGAACGCUUCUCUAACGUACCGCAGAUGGAUCGUGCAGCAAUCCUUUCCGGGCACGAGGUAGCACAGUUUGGAUUCCGGUCGCGUUUGCUGCAUCACGUGCACAAUCUGCAGAGCAUUAUGCACCAGUUCCUGUUUAGUAUGACGGGCUGUAAGGCAGAUACGUUGCUGAAAAUCGGUGCGGCACUGCCGGAGAUGCAGGCCCAGGAAAAGAUGGUGGACGAGAUAGUGGAUAUGUUGAAGGCGAACCAGCUCGACGAAAACUCUUCCACGGAUAAUCUCGAGAAAUGUGUUACAUUCUUCAACGCAAUGUAUGUGGUACUGCUGACCGGUGAGGAUCUCGUCAACGAAACACAAAUUGUGCGCGAUUGUACGGCUUCGAUCGGUGCGGCAUGUGAUUCGAUCGCGAAUGAUUCCAACAUCAUUAAGAUACUGAUUAAGCCUGGCGAUGAAACUAGCGACUCCGGACUGCUCCUCCAGUAUAUCCUUCAGAACGUAGAAAACAUACGCCAACAGCUAAAGCUCGUCAAGCGUCGCCUACCGCAAGAUGUCGCCAUCACCAAGUGCAACCUCUCGAUGAACACGCUGCUCAACCUGAAACGUACCGCCGAAGCACUGAACAAGGUGAUGAGCGUACUGUUCUACGCUACCCGCCAAUGUCUCCAGCUGGUCACACUCGAUCCAGAAACGGAAACAUCCGUACCACACGACAAGCUGUGGGAGAUCCUCUCGAACGGUUGCGAAAAGGUGUACGAGCAGGAUGACCUCGGUCCGUCACAAAACGUGCGCACCGUGCUCAGCGCAGCAAGCACCGAUAUGGGCCAGCUGGCACAGUAUCUGCUCGAUCACGAGUAUGAAAUCAUUUCGGCCACAAACACCGCCAAACCGGAGGAAAAACCGGUGGCACCGAUCAUCCUUCGGGCGCAGGCAGUGAAGAAACAGCUGGAAGAGACGAAAACACUAACGGCAACGCUCGAAAACCGUGAGGCCGAAAUUCGACAGCUUAAGCUGGCCGCUAAGCUCAAGCAGAACGAACUGUCCGAAAUGCAGAUACGCAAAGAUUUGGCCGAGAAGAAGCUGUCCGUGUUGCAGCAGGAUCACGAAACGAAUACGACGCGCCUACAGAAGCAGUACGACGAAGUGUGCGCCAAGCUGAAACAGAAGGAAAAAGAAUUCGAAGAAACGAUGGACCACCUGCAGAGCGAUAUCGAUUCACUCGAGAGCGAAAAGAGCAGCCUGCGCGAUAAGCUGAAAUCGUUCAGUUCGCGCAAGGUCGAUCUCAAAACUACCACGGCCCUGGACAUUUCUGCCAGCUCGCCCUACAUCGCCCAGGAACUGUCGCUCCUGAAGCGUGCCUUUAAGGACGAACGUACCGAACGGUUGAAGGUGCAGGCGAACGAGUAUCGCAAGAUUCUGGCCGGACUGGAACCGCUGCACGUACCGCAACCGAAGGACGACCGCAUCCAGGAGCUGGAGCAGGAGAUUACGCGCGUCAAGCACGACCUAAUCAUGUCCCUGGUGAAGGGUGCCGAAAUCCCUUCCACCUACACCGUGCACGGUAGCGUCUCGAAGUCGAUCCUUGAUCACGAAAAUCAACAGAAGCAACAUCAAACACAGAUACGGGCCAAGGCGGAACAGUUGGCGUGUGAUGUGGUGCAGGAGUAUCUUAGUCGAAAGCCGCACCGUGCUGCCAAAGCCGAUUUUGCUUCCUUCCCAUCGAACGAGCUGUCGGCUGCGUUUCGUGUGAACGUUCGGGUGUGA